AGUAACCAAGAUUUGGGGAAAAACUGCUUGAGAUUGAAAAAACCACUAAAUUUCCGGCUUUGUUCAUCUUCUCUUUCUCAAUCGAUCGAUUUCUCUGUCAUCUCAUCUUCUCUCUUCUCCCACUGAUCGAUUCCUCCAUGAGCAGACUUCUGCAAAUCGAUCUAGAGUGGAAAAUAAUCCAACUUGUUAAGUAACUGGUAAGAGUAAAAAGAUAAAAGCAAGAAAUCUGAGCAUAUCAAGUUCCAAAGAAGUAAAAGUAAGUUCAUACUCUGUCGUAAGCAGCAGAUCUCGGGAUCAGAAUCCGCGUUCCUGUAACUUGUUUAAGAACUGAAAUCAAUUCGCAUUCCCACAGUUGAGGAACAAACUGUAAGAGAAUCACGAAGAAGGUAAAGUGAUGAAAGGAGGAGCAUCGUCGUAUUCGUAUACUCUUCCUGUUAAGAGACGAUGUAGAGGUCUCGCUAUUGGUUUGCUUGGUUUAGCUCUUCUUUCAAUCUUCGUACCUCUUGUAUGCUUGCUUGGUCUCCAUAGUAGCUUUUACUCCGUUACAGGAUAUGUAUCUGAUCGAAACAAGACCUCGUCAAAUGUUCUAAUAGUUUCUGGACAACAUGAGGAUGGAAAUACCAGAAAUCUGUCUAGGCGUCGCGAUGAUGAUGGAAAUACCAUCAGUCAGACAAAGGAAGAUCAUUCCAGCCAUGUUGAUGGCCUUCUCCAGAGAUUUGGCCAAACUCUUCCGAAGGAUUUUACUAAAGUCUAUGAGAAUGAAGAUAAGGAUGAAACUACUGGUUCCCCUGUCUUGACAAAUUCCUCAGAACCGCAUCAAAAGGUCCCUUCUUUCCGUGGUUCUCCAGUUGCUCAACAUAUGGAAGGCUCCAUUGAUGAAACUGAGAGCUUAUGUGAAAGGAAACUAGGGAGCUAUUGCUUAUGGCGUCAACAAAAUACAGAAAAAAUGGAAGACAAUUUGGUAAAAAGAAUGAAAGACCUGCUCUUUGUGGCUCGAGCUUACUAUCCUAGUAUUGCGAAGCUACCAAGACAUGACAAGUUGUCCCAAGAAAUGAAGCAAAGUAUUCAAGAGUUUGAGCGCAUUCUCAGUGAUACUACUACAGAUGCUGACCUUCCUCAGCAGAUGGAAGGCAAAAUAAAGAGGAUGGAAUCUGUGAUUUCCAAAGCUAAGUCUGUCAUCCCUAUGGAUUCUAAUAAUGUUGAAAAGAAAUUUAGGCAACUGGUUGAUGUCACAGAAGAUGAAGCAAAUUUCCACAUGAAGCAGAGUGCUUUUCUCUAUCAACUAGCAGUACAAACAGUGGCAAAAAGCCUCCACUGUCUGUCAAUGCGAUUAACUACGGAAUAUUUCAAAUCUCCUCCUCCACCCAAUUUGGAGCAGUUGCUGGCUGAGAAAUAUACCAAUCCAACACUGCACCACUAUGUUAUAUUCUCAAAUAAUGUAUUGGCAUCGUCUGUGGUGGUUAAGUCAACUGUAAUGCACUCCAAGGUAAGCAGGGACCAAGUGUUCCAUGUAUUAACAGAUAGACAAAAUUAUUUUGCCAUGAAAUAUUGGUUCCACAAAUAUAAUUACAUGGAAGCAACAGUUAGAGUCCUCAACAUUGAAGAUCUUGACCCGUCAACUCCAUUGUAUCUACCGGAGGAAUUUCGCAUCUCCUUGAAUGACAUUGACAAAUCCAAAACAACUCGUGCAAGAACAGAGUACAUAUCCAUGUUUUCUCGUUCACACUACCUUAUUCCUAAACUAUUCCAUUCAUUGAAGAAAGUAGUGGUAUUAGACGAUGAUAUUGUUAUCCAAAGAGAUCUGUCCGCUCUUUGGGGCGUAGACUUGGAAGGCAAGGUGAAUGGUGCUGUGCAAUUUUGUGCAUUGAGAUUCAGUCAACUGAAAAGUUAUUUGGGCGAGACUAUUAAGGAUGGAGAUUCAUGUGCUUGGAUGUCUGGUGUGAACAUUGUCGAUCUGGAUAGGUGGAGAGAGCUAAACCUUACUGCAAUAUUUCAGAAAUUGGUAAAAGAGAAAAACAAUAAAGGAAACUUGUAUCAGUCCCCCACAUUGCGUGCAAGUUUGCUCACAUUCGAAGGUUUAGUUAAAGCCCUUGACGCUACUUGGGUAGUAUCGGGACUCAGUCACGACUACAGUUUGGAUAAGGGAGUGAUUAAAGAAGCAUCAGUCUUACAUUUCAAUGGAAAUAUGAAACCUUGGAUUGACAUGGGCAUUCACAAGUACAGAACUUACUGGACAAAAUUCUUAGACCGUGAAAAUCAUCUUCUGAACGAUUGCAAUGUGAACCCUUAAACAAGGUGAAUCAUAUAAUUUGCUAUUUUGUUGUUGAAAUUUUUAACUAAAAAUAUUUUGAUACACAUCUGGUGGAUAACCCCAUCUUAGAGUAAUGGGGAAACGAAAUGUGGUUUGAUGGAAGUUCCAACCGGUUGUUAUAUACACAAAGGUCAAAAGAUUUCUUCGUGGGGAUAGAUUGCGGCUGAAGUAUUUGAAGAGGUAAAAACAAUUAUAGAAAAAAUUGUGAUAGUUUUGGAGUAAAUAGGCUUUUUCUUUUUGUCAUUUUGUUUUGGGGAAGAGCCUUGACAAGAUGAUGAUAGGGAGAUGCAUUCUUGAAUAGUUGAUUCUGAUUCAAUAGGAAAGGAAUUAUCAGUGUAUCUGUUUCAUCUGGUUUUCUUUUGGCCAUUGUAUUAGAAGAAGGCCGAUAUUCCAUUUUGGACCUUGAACCCUAAAUUUGUGUCAUAUAUUGAAUUCAAAUUGUGUCUUUUAUC